UUAUUCAUCCAUUAGUUUAGUGUUUACAUCUGAGGUAUACAUGAGUCAAGAGUUAUUUAAAAAACAACAAUGAAUAUUCCUUUUCCAGUUUUAACUCCUCGUUUAGUGGACCCAUUGUGGUUUAAUGCUGAUAGUCCUUGUGAUGAAGAAACAGAAUUAUCCGCUUUAGAACAGGCGAAUCAGCAUUGGUUAAACUCAAUAGGUCAGCAGUACAUGAAGCGUGCUCCACUAGGGAAAGCUGAUCCUGAGCCCAUGGAAGAAGAAGCGGAUACUGAUGAGGAAGAAGGUAAUGACGAAUCAGAUGAAUCUGAAGAGUCCCAUGAUGAAGAUGAGGAGGAAGAUGUUCCAGCAUCAUACUCCCCCGCUCGCAACAACAAUGAGCUGGAGCCUGACAGUUUAGAUGACCUCAAUGAUGGACCUGACCUCAAUAGCUCUGAUCAGAGCGCUCUUUGGCCCAUACAGUAGUUUAAAAGUUGUAUAGAUCAAGAAAUAUGCUUAGUUAACUAUUGUGACCUAGGCAGAGCAAUCACUGCUAAGUAAUAGUAUAAGGGCCGAUUUUGCAAUCAUCAGUUAACUUCUGAGGAAUGUAGUGGUCUAACAUAUCAAUGCAAAAGCAUUCAAAACAUCAAACAUUAUCCUUAAGAUAAAGUUAUCUGAUGAUUGAAAGAUCUGCCCUAAUAUAAAUUAAUUUAUCUGACUGAAGUUUAGCGAAUUAAGAAGUGAGCAGAAAAUAAGAAUAAAUUAAUUGAGUCAAA